UAUGAUGAUGUCCUGGGGAGGGGAGCUUUCAAGACUGUAUAUAAGGCGUUUGACGAAGUAGACGGGAUUGAAGUUGCUUGGAACCUAGUUAGCAUUGAGGAUGUAAUGCAGAUGCCUGGUCAACUUGAAAGGCUCUAUUCUGAAGUUCAUCUACUAAAAGCUCUUAAACAUGAAAACAUCAUCAAACUCUUCUACUCUUGGGUUGACGAAAAGAACAAGACUAUUAACAUGAUCACUGAGCUUUUCACCUCUGGUAGUCUCCGGCUAUACCGUAAGAAGCAUAGGAAGGUCGAUCCCAAGGCCAUCAAGAACUGGGCAAGGCAGAUUCUUAAAGGCUUGAACUAUUUGCAUUCUCAGACUCCUCCUGUUAUUCACCGGGAUCUUAAGUGUGACAAUAUAUUUGUCAAUGGAAAUACUGGAGAGGUCAAAAUUGGAGAUCUCGGACUCGCAACUGUUCUGCAGCAACCCACUGCACGAAGUGUGAUAGGUACUCCUGAAUUCAUGGCUCCUGAGCUGUAUGAAGAGGAAUACAAUGAGCUUGUGGACAUCUAUUCUUUUGGCAUGUGUAUGUUGGAGAUGGUAACCUGUGAAUAUCCAUACAACGAGUGCAGAAACCAGGCUCAAAUUUAUAAGAAGGUCACCUCGGGUAUAAAGCCGCAAUCUCUCAACAAAGUUGAUGAUCCUCAAGUUAGGCAAUUUAUAGAGAAAUGUCUUCUUCCUGCCUCUUUAAGACCAACUGCUCUAGAUCUCUCCAAGGACCCGUUUCUUGCAAGAGAUGGGUGCAAGGACUCUGCUCUUCUUGCUUCAUCAAGCACAGCAUCUAAACCUGUGAGACCACCACAGCAUGAACAUCUUCCCAUGGAUGUGGAUCAUAACGAGAAUAGGAGUGUCUCCAGUGGCUCCUCUCGUAAAAGCAAUGAAGACUACUCAUGGUGCCAAACCAUUGAACUUCAGAGGUUUGCAGAGGAUAAGGAGUUCAGGUUGAGAGGAGAGAGGAGUGAUGAUGUCACGGCAGCAAUGCUUCUGCGUAUUGCUGGCUCAUCUGGUAAAUGUAGAAUCGUACACUUUGCAUUCUAUCUGCAUUCAGACACAGCUAAGGCAAUCGCUGAGGAAAUGGUUGAGGAACUGCAUCUAACAAGCGAAGAAGUUGUUGUAAUUGCUGACAUGAUAGAUGACUUGAUGAUGCAACUUAACUCUGACCGAACCUCGUCGCAUCAUGAUCAAAACUCUCCACAUGUAGCCAUUGACGAUCAUGAAGCAGCAAAUCAGCAAACUGUGAACUCGAAAGAUGAAGAAGCUGCAGGACAAUCAAUGAAGUCAGACAUAUCCGCAGACUAUUACUUACCCUUCUCUUCAAACGACGCAAACGCUGCCAUGGAGGCUGGUCGAGAUGCAGAGUCGAUGAACUCGUUUCUGGAUUCUUGCUCAAUGAUGUCAACCAUCUACAAUCUUUCCAUUUCAGACAAUGACUACCCAGAAGACCUCAAGACUGAACUGAACUUGAUCGAGUCACAGUUUAAUCAAUCCUUCCAAGAUCUACUGAAACUGAAAGAGGAUGCUAUAGAGAACGCAAAGCGGAAAUGGAUUACGAAAAAGCAAAAAGCUGUGAUCAUCUCCUGAUUUUGAUAUUUACUCUUCUUUUGGUGUCUUCUCUUCCCCUGAGAUUAGUGUUACAUUACAUUUGGUGUUUGGAUAUAUUUGAUUUGAUGUAAAGAAUUUUUUUUA